AUGCCCGCCGUAACACGAUCAACCCCCUCCCGCGGGGCACUUCUUAGAUCCUAUCAGCAGGUCCCGCCUCCGGCAGCAGCGGUGGAGGCGGCGGCGUCGCCGUACCAGCCAUCUCCACAUCAGCCUUCCCUGGGGACCCCUCAGCCCCAAUAUCAACAGCUGCAUCCCGUCUACGUUCAACCCGCACCCCAACCACUCCAACCACUCCAGCCCCAGCCUCCGCCAACCGUCCAACUGCCACUACAACCGCUCAACCAAUCGGCCCAUCCGCGUGGCCUGCUAUCGCCGCCCCCGCCCCCGCCGCCGCAACAGCAGCAGCAGCAACAGCAGCAGCAGCAGCAGCAACUCGGCUUUCCUCCCAAACAACCUCUACAGCUCAUCUCUGCUGCACAGCCCCGCUCCAUGCCAGCCAUGCAACCCCUCCAACCGCUACAGCCGCUACAGCCGCUACUGCCGCCGCCAAACCCAUUGCUCGUGGGGGAUCUGGCUGCAGCGGCGGCGGCAGCCGACGCCAGUGGCACCACUGACGGGUCCCGGCUACCGCCACUGCCGCCGCCACCGCUGCCGCCGCCGCCGGCAGCAGCAGCAGCAGCAGCGUUACAGCUACAACCGCCAUCAGCUUCACCGCUGCUUCGGGAGGUGGUUUCGGAGGGCCGUCUGUACAUCUUGGAUACAUCUAGUCGGCUGGUGUAUCGGGACAGCGCUGAGGCAGGGGUGCUGGAACGAGUGGGGAAGUGGGUGCAGCAGGGCGUGGGGGUUGUGUACGUGCCGCCCGUCACCGAGGCCGACUUCUUCUCCUCUUUGCGCUCCUUCCUAAGCCGCCGCCAACUCGGCCUGGCCGAGCUGUUCGCCGCCCUGGACACGGAUCUGGACGGCAUGUUGUCGGUUUCGGAUCUACGGGCGCUGAUGACUCACGUGGUGCCGGGGGCGGUGCCCUCCGAUGUGUCGUACUUAAUGGCUCUCAUGGACUGGGAUGACGACGGCUACAUCAGCCUAUCCGAUCUGCUGGACGCGGACGAGUUGGCGGACCUGGUGCUGGAGGAGCGGGGGGAGGGGGCAGGCAGUGAGUGGGUGGGGGUGCUGCAGGAAACCUCCUUCCUGCUCCACUCGCAACGCCAUCACGCGCACCACGUAUUCAAAACCCUGGCCGCCGACACCGCCGCCGCCGCUGCGGGGGACACCUCCCUUGCCCUCCCCGAGCCAUUGGACUCCAACGCCCAUCACAACCACCCGCACAACCACCCGCACAACCCACAACAACCCCUCCUGGAGCCCGCUGCGCUGCUGCGCUUCCUGCGUAUCAUGCGACCGGAGUUAGGUCCAGGGGAGGCGAGAUUUCUGAUGAGUCACCUCAUGCAGGGCCCAGGCGACAACCGGCGAAGUUUUCCCCAAGUCCUACAUGCACUGCAUCUGGCUGAUGUGGCUUAUUCCACAGAUCGCCAAAGAUCAGACGGUGGCAGCGGUGGCGGCGGCUACUAUCUCCGCAGUUGCCGCCUGACACUGCGGGAGCUGCUCGGUCAGUACGACAGUGACGGGGAUGGAUUUCUAGAUCCAGGGGAGGUACGACAGCUGCUGAAGGAGGUAUUGCCGGGUACCAAUGGGGCGCAGAGCGUGUAUGUACGGGCCGCCCUGAGUUCGCCCGCUGCCGGCUUCAUCACCCUGCACGACCUGAGUAGGGCCGUGGUGGAGCACCCCGCCGAGUUCGCUGCAGGCCAGCAAGACGCCGCCGCUGCCGCAGCCGGCCACGCGCCUUCCAGCCCCUUUGCGAACCUCUACCUGCGCAGCGCUGUAGCGGCCGCAGCCGCUAAUGAUAAUAUUAAUGCCGCCGCAGCCGCCGCUGGCAGCACCGCUGCCGCGGCGGCGGAGCCGGCGGUGUCGUACGUACGGCCUCAGCAGCGUCAGGAGCAGGACCUUCGGAUGGCGCUGCUAGCCAAACAGGACAACCUGGCGUACGAGCAUGUACGACAAGCCAACGAGGAGGUCGCCGCCAGGGCCGCCGCCGCAACCGCCGCCGCGCUGCUGGGCCCAGCGCAGCCCGCGCCACCGGUUACACUGCGGCGGCCGCUGCCGGCGGGGGGCGACGGCGGUGGCGAACCGGAUGUCGUACAGCCCUUCUGGUCCCCUCCUGAAGCCGUGGCGGCUUGGCCGGCUGGCAUGACGCAAUAUCCCGGCAUGCGGCCGCCGGGUACGGCAGUCGAAGAUUACGACACAACGCCGUACGGUCCUGUGCAUCCGUACGACGCGGGUGAUCCUUUCACGCUGGCAUUUGCGGCGGCUCAGAAAUCCGUGGCGUCGGCACUACCGCCACCUACCCUUGCCGCAUUUCCUUCUGCGCCUCUGCCACCGUUGCCGUACAGCGCCACCUCUGCCUCCGCUGCCGGCUGGUUCGGUGAAGUGGACGGACCCGCGGGUCCCCAUUUGCCGCUGCUCCCCAACGCCAGUCUGGAGCGAGUUGAGACCCCCUUGGUCGCCAGGCUCUUCGCCGCCCUCGACCACCACCUCCGCACAUCCAAGACAAGGCUGGAGCAAGUAUGGGCACAUGCAAUCACAAAUAUGGGCGCACCGCCACCACCACCGCCACCACCACCACCACCACCACCACCACCAUCACGUCCUUCCCAUUCCCGUUCCUUGGCGCCGCCUCCGUCGCAUCCGCCACCGCCCGCGGACGCCGCAGCACUGGCCCGCUUCCUGCGCCCCUUGCUGCCCGGUCUGAGCGCGAAUGAGGUGAUCUACCUGGCCACGUUGUUUGAUCUGGACGGAGAUGGUCUCGUGUUUCCCGACGACGUGGUGAUGGGGUUCGAGGAGAUCGGCACCACCUUGGACACCCCGGCUAGCAAGCUAAACGCCCAGGCCUACAAGCUACUUGCGCGCGUGGCGGGUGUCGUACUGGGGGACUACGAGGAGAGCUACCUGGCGUUUGUGCGGUACAGCGGCCUGCUGCGGCGCAAGGGCCGAAGACGAGGGGGGAGGAAGGCGGCGAAAAAGGAGAAGGACGGGAAAGAUAAGCGCGAUAAGGAAAAGAAAGAGGAGGGUGGGGAAGCCAAGAUGAAGAAGAACGAGAAAGAAAAAAAGGAUAAGGGAAAGGGAAAGGAAAAGAACAAAGGAAAGGAGGGGGAGAAGAAGAAGAAGAAGAAGAAGAAGGACAAAAAAGAGAGGGAAAAGCUCGGAGGGGGAGGAGGAGGUCCGACAGGAAGCGAAGGCGGCAGCAGUGCCGCCCAGACUGUUAGCAGCGAGGGCGGAGUCGGCCAACACCAAGACCACCACCAUAGGCACCACAGCAGCAGCAGCAGUUCUAGCAGUUCUAGCAGCUCCAGCAGUAGCACUGAUUUCAGCGACACGGAGGACGAGAUGGGGGUUUCGGAGCUGCAUGGAAAUGUGCAGCUGACUCAGCCGCAGUUGGCCAGGUUUCUAAGCCACCUGACCAACCACACGGCCUCACCUGCCGACAUCGGCGCCCUCGUUACUUACCUCAACAUCAAGCUCGCCGCCGCCGACGGCGGCGGUGGCGGCGGCGCUGCCGCCACCGCGCCGGGACCAAAACAACCAUACGGAAACCCGUACGGCAACCCGCUGCAGUACCAGCGGCGGACAGCGCAGGCGGCGGCUGGGGGCGCUGAUGCCGCCGGCGCUGAUGUAGUUCAUCCACCGCCGCCGCCGCCACCGAUGUACGACUGGCCGUUUUUGGUUGGUAUCUUGCGUGGCGCAGAGACGUCGCUGCCUGUGGAUCGACGGCAGCCCGCAAGUCCGCGCAACGUUCGACGUACGACAAGGGAGCAACGGGAGAGGGAGCUUCGGCGGCAGCAGAAGCAGCAGCGGCGGGAGGGCAGGGCGGCGGCGAGGGCGGCGGCAAAGGCAGCGGCGGCGGCGGCGGAGCGAGGUGCUGCCGCUGCCGAGACGGAGGCGGAGGACGACGAGGCAGAAUGGUGGAGUGGGCACGCAAGAGGACGGUCCUCACCCCUGCGGGAGGCCGCUCUCACACAGCCCCCGGGGCCCCACCCUGACCGCCGCAUCGUCGAGCUCCGUUUCCACAUCCACACAGACGGCAGGACCUUCCUGCUGGAUCCCGUCACGGGGCUGCUGUACACCGCUUCCGCGUACAUCCUGGCGACGGCGGCCGCGGUGGCGGAGGCGGCGGGGGUGGCACCGCCGCCACUGCCGCGCGGCGGCGUGCGGUUGCAUGCGCCGCCGCCGCCUGCGGUUUCGCCGCGACUACUGGGUGCUGACGGCGGAGCAGGCGGCGGCGGCGGCGGCGGCGGAGUAAUGGAAGAAGCGCUGCUACUGCUGCCGUACCCGGACCUGGCGGGCAAGUUGCAGUACCCUGACAACCGGCUGCUGCCCUGUCAGAGCAGUAGCGGUGUCGUACUGGUGUGUAGCGCCCUGGAGAGGUUGGUUUCGGAGGAGGCACGUGCGGCGGCGCUGUACAAAGUACUGGACAGGGACGGUCGCGGUCUGGACCCUCCUCAGCUGCAGCAGCUCAUCACCUCCUGCGCCAGCCUCACCGCCAGCGAGGUGGCCUUCGCUGCAGCCGUCCUGGACCGCCGGGACACGGGGCGGAUCACGUGGGGGGAGAUCAGGGAGGCCACGCAGACGAGUUCCUCCCCGCCUGUAACCCUCACACUGACUCGCGUGGAGGCGCGAGCUCUAGAUGUACUGCACCGUACGGCACAAGUCCUUCAGCGGGAAUGGCGGCUGUUGUGGUUACUGGUGGCCAAGGCGGGGCCGGCCGGGACCGGCCUGCUGGAUCGCGACGGCGCCGCGUCAGUGCUUCGCCAGGUGCUACAGCCGUACUUGCAGCCGCACGAAAUCCGAAUAGCUACAGCCUAUCUCGCCAUGAUGACCCCAGACAAGGACGGCAACGUCACCGCGGACGAAGUCGUACAGCUGCUGCGUGUACUACCCAUGCGGCUACGAUUGCCAUACACGGCGGCGGCGGCGGCUGCAGCAGGGCGGGAGAUUAUUUUUGCCGCUGGCUUUGGCGGGCCUGUGGCGGCGAACGGUACGCUACCGCCGUUAGUGGCGGGCCGUGGCGUCAGCGCGGCAGGCGGCGGCGGCGGCAUCAGCUCGCCGUACAAUCGGAAGGUCCGCUACCCGACGGGGCCGACGGACGCUGAGCCGGAGCUGCUGUACGGCCAAAAUGACGGGGCCGUUUAUCCGGACCGCAACAUGCCGUAUGAUCCGGACUGGGGAUCUGGACCGUACGGCAGGGAGGCGGCAGCAAUGGCGACGGCGCCGCCGCCGCCGCGGCGCCGCCUGCCAGAUCCCCUGCGCAGCGGAUCCUUGGCGGCCGCCACCGCCGCCACCGUCGCCGCUGCAGAGAAGCAGCGUGCGCAGGAGGCGGCGGGGCACUACGGGCUGUACGACGACACCCAUCCUGACCUGUACGUUGACGCCAAGGCGCCGUUGCAGGGUGCAGCACGCCGGAAGCCGUCCCGACGGCCCGACGGCGUCGCCGCCGCUGCCGCUGCGGACCCCUUCCCACUGCAGCCUCAGCGGCAACUCCGACCGCCGGCAGCGGCGGCGGCGGCGCAGCGGCUGGCGGCGCGUGACUCCGCCGUCGCCGCAGCCUCCGCCGUCGGGCCGUCCAUAUCGCUACAGGAAGAGGCGGAUCUACUGGACCAGCUGAGGGGAAGGCCAACAAGGAGGCUGCAGCUUGGCGGCGGCGCCGCUGGCGGCAGCGGCUCAGGAGCAGGGUACGACACCAGCACACAGUACGGCCUGAUGACGGAUUCAUACCCGUCGUCGGCCCGCGGAAACGCGCUUAGCGGUGGUCCGCCUGGAGGCAGCGGUGCAGGCCGUAAUCGCCGCGCCACUGGCGAGCCUCCCGCCGAGCUCGAGGAUUCUCUGGCGAUGACGGAGCCGCCGCCGCCACCGCCACUGCCCGCACUGCCUGUUGGCUUCACUCAGCGCCUACCCGACAUGCCCUUCGUUGGACCGUCGCCACGGUUACCCGAUGACUCACCGAGGCAGCCGACGCGACCCGUGGGUCCGCCGCGGAGGCUGACGGAUACGGCCGCCGCCGGCGGUAGGAGCGUGUACGACUCGGAGGACCAAGCACUAGCCGAGCGUCCGUCGACGCUGCUCAUGUCGCCCGCUGUCGGCGGCGGCAGGGCGGCGGAGGUUCUGAGCUUCCUUGAUGGGGACAGCAGCGGCGGCGGAAGUGCCGGCAGUGUUGACGGCGGUGGCGGCGGUGGCGGCGGCGGUGGCGGUGGCGGCUUUAGCCGGCGCCGAGCUGCACAUGUCGGCGAUUCUCUGCGGGAUGAUGUCACCGCAGGCGCGUUUGACCCGUACGGCAUGCCUGACGACGACCUGGUCAAUGCCGGCUCAGUGCCGUCAUCUCGUCCUAUGACGGCGGCGACACUGGCGCGGAACAGCACCGCCGACGUGCCGCGCCUGGCGUCGCCGGCGCUGGAGUCUCUGUUGGGCCCUGCGCGAUCCGGCGGAACCCAUUUAGGCGCAGAGGCAUCAGCAGGCGCCGCUGGCGACGACGAUGAUCCGUACGACACGUACGGCACGGGAGGCCUAGAGUCUCGCAAACUCGGCCGCCGGCCUAGCGCGCGGCUGAACCCCGUGCGACUGAGUGAGGCCACGGCCGUGUCCAGCGCUAGCGGCCCUGCCUUGUUCACGUCCUUCGGCGAUGGCUUCCGUGACAGGUCCGACGGCGCGGCUGCGGCAACAGUAGCGGGGUCGGGCAGCGCUGGCCGUAACAGCAGCGGCAGCGGCGGCCACAGCGGCGGCAGUGGCGGCAGCGGCGGCAGCGGCGACGGUAUGCCUCCUGCAUCGCUGUUGCCACCGCCGUCGUUCCGAACAGGCGGCGUGAAGGGGACGCCGCCAUCACGGAGUCGGCUGGCCAAGUCCAGCGGCCGGCCCUCCGCAGACGUGGCAGAAGAGGAAUACGACGAGUAUGACGGAGGGGAUCUGUAUGCGGAGGACGACAGCGCCGCCGGGGGUGAGAUAUCAGCCCUGGUGUCGUCGCCAAACGGCGGCGGCGGCGGCAACCCUGGCGACGGGGGCAUCCUCGGCGGGGGCGGCAGUAGCAUGUUUAACGCCAGCAUCCGCUCCCAGACUGGAGCGUCGCCGCUAGGGACGAGCAUCCGUUCCGUUGGCGGCGCGGCGGACCGGUACCACAGCACUGGACGCCGAACACUCACAGGGGGCGGCGGCAUCCCUGCCGCCGCCGCCGCCACCGCCGCCGCCGACAGCGACAGCAGCAGCACCGGCUCUACAUCCUCCGUGAGAGGCACUGCCGUCGGCGGCGGACCAGAUUCGUACGGCUUGUAUGCAGAUGAAGGGGAAGAUCAGGGCCGGCAGAGCCCCGACGGGGCGGGCGGCGGCAGGGAAGCAGCUCGCCGUGGCGGCGACAGUGAUGACGACGAGUACGGCAUUGGGGAUGAGGACGGUGCGGCGGGGCAGAUAGAAUAUGAUGAAGCGGAGCUGGAGGCUGUCGACGGUGGCGAGGAUGAAUUUUGA